GUCCAGAGGAGAGAAGCUCCACUAACACGAAGAAGAUCUCAGCUUCAAAACAAACAGUUUAGGUCUCCAGGAUGCGUGUUUUGGUGGUCUUACCUCUGCUGCUGUGUGCCGUCGUGUGCCGCGUGGACCGGGCGAGAGCCGAGGUGAAGGCGGUGAAACUGUGCGGCCGAGAGUUGAUGAGGGCGGUGGUGUACACUUGUGGGGGGUCCCGCUGGAGGAGGCUCAUCACCGACUCGGACACGGAGGGUGUUUCCAGAGGAGAUGAGAACAGUUUGGAAAGUUUGGCGAGCAUGAGAAGUUACCCAAGCUCAGACCUGACCAGACGGGACAUAAACAACAUCUUGUCCACCGUGUGUUGCCAGGUGGGCUGCAGGAAGAGCGACCUCACCUUCCUCUGCUGAGCAUCUUCUUUCUUCCAAAAAUCAAUCAGUCUAGAUUGACACUAAAAUUUUAAUUUUAAUUUUAUUUUCAUAUUUCUUAUACGCUAGGCAGGUUUGUUUGAACUGAAAUGUAGAAUAUUGUUGAUCACCACUUUUGAUGGAAGAUUUGUUCCACCAUACCUUUUUUUAUUUUUGAAAGUACGGCAAAUAUUAAAACUCAGGGAAAGUAAUUAAGAGUGUGAGAUGAUCAGAUACAUUGAGUGAAAAGCCCAUGUUUGUUUUUAUUUAUGUUGGAAA